UUUACAUUUUGUUAAUGACUUGAACGCAGCCGCGGGCAUAUUAACGCCGUCUUUUAUGCAGGCCAUCGCCACCCGAGCCUGAUGUACGGAUGGCAAAAAAAGCAGAACGCACCAGAUGAGUGAUUAUCGAGUAAAGCAGGAGAGAGAAGAGGUCUGAUGGAGAGGAUUUAGGGGAAGAGGGAGAAAGGUAGAUUCAGGGUUUUAGAGAGAGAAAGCCGUAGAGAUUGAAAUACAAAGACGAAACCCGAAAAGGAUGGGCCAGAUCGUGAGGAGGGGGAAGAAAGGCCGUCCAUCGAAGUCGGAUCUCGCAGCGCGCAACAGCGCUGCUGUGGGUGAGGCGGAGGGAGAACUCCGGCGUAGUGGCCGGCGGAGAAAUGUCCGGUACACUUUCGACUUCGACGAUUUCCUCGACGACGAUUAUUUUGAUGACGACGACGAGGACGACAGCCGGAAAGAGAAGAAGCUUGAGCUACUGCUCCAGCUCCAGGGUGAUGAUAACGACGGUGAGGACGAUGUCUCUCCAAGGAGAACUCGGAACCUGUCUCACGCUCCAGCCGCGUCUGCAUCCGAUGGAGAUGCAGAUGGUAAACCAUCUAAAAAAAGAAAAAUCUUCGGCUACGAUGAGGAAUACGAAGUAAAUGAUGAUGAUGAUGAUGAUGAUGAAGAAAAUGAAAAUGAAAAUGACUACGAGGUACUUAUUGUCUGGGAUCUAGCUGACAGUUUCAAAAUCUGAAAGGCACAUAGUAUAUCUAUGCGUUAAAUUUGCUCAGAGAUUAUGCAUAUACAAAGAGAGUGGGAAUUCAGCUCAGUCCAAUCCCUUUAUUGAUCCAAACUUCUGCAUAGCACUGCCUAAGCAAAUUUAUUUUAGUGGCUAUUUGAUAUUUCUAGUUGCUAUGAACGGAAGGCAGUGUUUCUAUAUAACUCUCAGCCUCUCAGGGUCAAGUGUCAAAAGGAAUCCACACAUCAUCUGAUCAUGCUACCCAGUACGUGAUAGAAAGACAGAGUGUAGAAGUGUUGAAUCUUCUCCAGGAACACCAUCCAGACGUACUUCUGGGAUUUCAUUACCAGAUAAGAAGAUGCUUGAAUUAAUUCUGGACAAGCUUCAAAAGAAAGAUAUUUAUGGGGUAUAUGCUGAACCAGUGGACCCCGAAGAGCUUCCCGAUUAUCAUGAUGUGAUUGAACAUCCUAUGGACUUUUCCACUGUCAGGAACAAACUGGGAAAUGGAUCAUAUGCAACAUUGGAACAAUUUGAGAGUGAUGUCUUUUUGAUUUGUUCAAAUGCGAUGCAAUACAAUGCCUCCGACACAAUAUAUUAUAAACAGGCUUCCUCAAUCCAAGAACUAGCCACAAAGAAAUUUCAGAAGUUACGAGUCAAUGCUGAACGUGCAGUGCGUUCUGAAAAAGAGGUCAAGUCGGACCAGAUGCUGAAACCCAAUCCCAUUGUAAAAAAGCUUGUAAAGAAGCAUAUGGUCCGAACAGCACAGGAACCUAUUGGCUCUGAUUUCUCAUCUGGUGCAACUCUUGCACAUGCCGGAGAUGUGCAAAAUGGCUCGAGUGCUUGUCUGGGCAACUCGGGCAGAAUUAGCAUCAUUGACGGGCCUAUAGAGGGAGGUGUUUCAUUGACUGACAUCUUGGACAAGGAAGAAUUACAUUCAGGGAAGGGUCAUCUUGGUAGAUUUGGAAGGAAGUCAGUUUUACAAGAUGAAAACCGCCGUGCAACUUAUGAUGUAUCAACUCAAUAUACUUCAAGUUCAGAAUCUGUGUUUUGCACUUUUGAUGCAGAAAGCAAGCAUUUGGUUCCAGUGGGGCUUUAUGCCGAUCAUUCAUAUGCAAGGAGCCUUGCUUGUUUUGCUGCAACACUCGGGCCGAUUGCCUGGGAAUAUGCAUCUAGGAGGAUUGAAAAAGCACUCCCUCCUGGAUCAAAGUUUGGUCGCGGGUGGGUCGGUGAGUAUGAACCACUUCCAACCCCGGUAUUGAUGAUGAAGAAGCAUACACUGAAGGAACCAUCUUUCCUGGCCAAAUUGACACAGAAAGUUGAGGUUGAGGAAGAUAAUAUCGAAGGACCCAAGGAAAAAGAUGAAGUGAACCAGCAGGAGUAUGUUGGUUCAAAACCCACGACUCCAAACAAUAUUGAAAGCAAACCAUCUUUCCUUGCAUCAUCAGAAAAGAAACCUCCUAAUUCUGCUAGUCCCCUAUACCACCCUCAAUAUUUUCAAUCCCAAAGUUUUGUUGAAUCCAAUAAGCUGAUGAGACAGUUCGAAUUAAAUUCUCAACCUCUACCCUGCAAACAAACUAGUGUUGAACAGAUUAAGGUGGCUCCAAAGAACAGAAAUCUAAUGUCUCCUUCUGCACCCCCCCAACUGCUUGAUAGAAAAGGUAAAGAUAAUAGCAGUCAGGGCAAUGAGACUGUUUGCCUCGCAUCUGGCGGCAAGCGGGGGCUAAGUGAUGCUGUCCAGCUUCCAAGUAUGUUAUCCAAGAAGUCUAAAACAAAACUCAACUCUUUGCAGCAGUCUCCGGGAGCUGAUUCAAACAAUGCUGCCUCUGCCGCUGCUUCACGAGCAUGGAUGUCAAUAGGAGCAUCGGGAGGUUUUAAACAAGUCAAUGAUGGUCAGAUAUCUGCUGAGUCCUUGUAUAAUCCAUCUCGUGAUUUCCAGCCACACAAUUUACAAUUUUGUCCCUCAUCUGGUGGGAUGCAUUCCCAGCCUGUGAAGGGGGGCUAUCCAUUUCAUGCAUUUAUGUCACACACAACAAGGGGGGCAGGGAUUGAUGGUCAGGUCCCGAACAGACCACAGGUGAUGUUCCCACAAUUCGUUGGACCUACUGACUUGUCAAGAUUCCAUGUGGCUUCACGACACAAUCUCAAUGCACCACCUGCAGCUCUGUCAAGAUCAAGACAAGAAUCAGUCCCUCCUCCCGAUUUGAACAUUAGUUUCCAAUCUUCAGGGUCUCCUCCUGGCAGAGCAUCUUCAGGCAUUCUGCUUGAUUCUCAGCAGCCAGAUUUAGCCUUGCAGCUGUGAGAAGUUUUCAAGAUGAACCCUUGGUGACAUUCACUGGACUUCCUUUACAGUUCUUUGUGCAACAAGAUUCUUGUUAUUGUGCAAAAGUAUUCAUUUUAGUCUGAGGUUCGAAUAGAUUAUGGUGAUAGGAUUGUGCAGCUUCUGUAAAGGGCCUCAGGGGGGAGGCAGGUUGUAAUACUAUUCUAGUAGCUGGGUUAGAGGUUAUUUAUGUAGGCUACUCCCAAAUGGAAAUCAGCAUUCUUGUACAACCGUUCACAGGAAGAUUGCUAUCAUUGUUCUUGUGCAAUUGUUGUGUGAUCUAGCAGGCAGGUUGUAAUACUAUUCUAGUAGCUGGGUUAGAGCCUAGAGGUUAUUUAUGUAGGCUACUCCCAAAUGGAAAUCAGCAUUCUUGUACAAACCGUUCACAGGAAGAUUGCUAUCAUUGUUCUUGUGCAGUUGUUGUGUGAUCUAGCAGGCGGGCAGAUUUUGUAGUAAAUAAUAGAGGAAAGGGCCC